CCACCACCACACUCAUAUCAUAUCCUAUAUCUCUCCUUUUGCUUUUCUCUCUUCAAUCUCUUCUUUUUUUCUUUUGUAUGUGUGUGUGUGUGUAUGUUGAAGGAAGAGAACAACAAAAUCAUCAUUUAGGGUUAUAAUAGGAAGCAUAUAUUUGAAUGGAUCAUGUAGCAUCACAAGGUCGUCCUCUACCACCUCCUUUUCUCACUAGAGGAGAUCUUCAUCUAAACCCUCAUCACCAAUUCCAACCUCAUCAUCUCCAUAACCACCAUAACAACACCCAACAACAACAACAAGAAGAAGAUGUUGAUGAUGAUGAUGACGAUGAGAAGCGCAACAAUAACCAUAACCAUAACCACUUCUUGAACAGAACCCUAAAACGAGAUCGAGAUCACGAAAACAACACCACCGCUGCCAACACCGCCGACACCGCCGUGGACGGCAAAGAAGGUGAGAUGAGUAUAAGAAGACCUAGAGGAAGACCUGCAGGCUCAAAGAACAACCCAAAGCCACCAAUCAUCAUCUCCAGAGACAGUGCCAACACGCUCCGAUCACAUGUCAUGGAAAUCGGCGACGGUUGCGACGUCGUUGACGGUAUCGCCGCCUUUGCGCGGCGGAGACAGCGCGGAGUUUGCAUUCUGAGUGCCACCGGCACCGUCGCCAACGUAACCCUAAGGCAACCAGCUACUGCCGGUGCAGUUGUGCCGUUACAUGGAAGAUUCGAGAUCUUGUCCUUGUCCGGGUCGUUUCUUCCGCCGCCGGCGGCAUCCGGCAUGGCCAUAUAUCUGGCCGGUGCACAAGGUCAGGUGGUUGGUGGCAGCGUGGUGGGGCCCUUGGUGGCUUCCGGUCCGGUGGUUAUCAUGGCGGCUUCAUUCGGUAAUGCAACAUAUGAAAGGCUGCCGUUGGAGGAGGAAGAUGAGGAGGCGUCGCCGCCGGUGGCGGUGCAUGGUGGAGGAGGGUUAGGGUUAGGGUCAGGGUCAGCUGGAAUUGUAGGACAGCAUCAACAUCAACAUCACCAACAACCACAACAUCAUCAACAACAACAACAACUAGUGGCAGAUCAUCACAAUACUUCAAUGUUUCAUGGGGUUCCUCAGAAUCUUCUCAAUUCAUGUCAAUUACCAGCUGCUGCCACUGAGGGUUAUUGGGGUGCCACUCGCCCUUCUUUUUAACCAUAUGUUUUAGU